CCAUCUAAUCUGGAAUUUGGAGCUCACACUUCCCUUUCUUUCUUCCCUCUUCUCGAGGAGCUCCUCGAGAUCUAAUCAGAUCGUGCGAGGGACCGAAACCAGCACCGAUCCCUCGAAUCCCCGCCGGAUCGAGCGCUGCCUUUUGAAUCUGGGGCUUCCGGUCGGGAUUUUUUCCCCUGAUUCCAAGAUUUCGAGCUCGGGAGUCUCAGAUCGGUCUCGCCCGGCGAUUUCUAGGGUUUGUAGGGGGUGCUUUGAGUUCCCUCGUUUUCUUGCUCGAGAUCAUGGGUUUCUUCAGUCAUCAUGGUUGCUCGGCUUGGAAUUACCGCCAUCUCUGGAUUAUAGGGUUUCUUGCGUUCAUCCUGGUUUCUUAGUCGCAGUUCUUGGGGCUUCUGUUGACAAUCUUGUUCAAAGGUAAAAGUUGUUUCUUUUCUCCUCUCUGAUCUCGCCGCCAUGAUCAAGAUCUUGCUGCUUGUUUCUAUUUCCAUUUGUACGGCAAAAAUCUCAUCUUGUUUCCUCGAAUAGAACAGUCGUCUAGGUUUCUUUCCAUAUCGAUCUCACUUCGCAACCCGACUCCACGUCCCCUUUCCUCAAAAUAUUCUCUAUAUCUGAAUGUAAGCUGGAGCUUCGGCCAUUGGUUUUUACCUAACAUCUGGCCGGUACAGAAUCUAGGGCUUAAGCUUGGUGCUUGCGAUUUUGUACAUCAAAAUUUGACCCCAUGAACUGGAUCUGAGUGUUCACACGAUCUUACGACCAUGUGGAAGCAAUUCCUCAGUAAAUUACCCCGAAAAUCCUCGAAAUCGGAUUGUGCUUCGGAUUCCGCACACAACCACCCAGGCAGCAAUGCCUCCUCUUCUGGCAACUCAAUCCAGCGGACAAACAGUGGUAAUGCCGGGCCAGGCCGGUCAACCAGUGUUAAGAGGAUGUCUUCUGCUGUCUUCCCAUCCAGUGUAGUCGCCGGGAUUGAGCCUCUCCUGUCAUUCAAAGAUGUCUCAAACACCGAAAAGCAGAACCUUUUCAUCAGUAAGCUGAAUCUUUGCUCUGUUGUCUUUGAUUUCUCUGAUCCAAACAAGAACUCCACUGAGAAAGAUAUGAAGCGGCAGGCCCUAUUAGAUCUUAUUGAUUUUGUCAAUUCUGGGACCUCUCGGUUCACUGAGCCGAUGAUCUCCGCCAGUUGUAAGAUGUUCGCCAUUAAUUUAUUUAGGGGUUUUCCUCCAAAUUACCGUUCCAACUCUUCCUGUGGUGGGGAGACUGAAGAAGAGGAGCCACGGUUCGACCCUGCUUGGUCCCAUCUGCAACUUGUGUAUGAAUUGCUCCUAAAAUUCAUUGCAUCCUCCUCCCUUGAUGCAAAGAUGGGGAAAAAGUUCAUGGAUCAUUCAUUUAUCUUGAGAUUGCUUGAGCUCUUUGAUUCAGAGGAUCCGAGAGAAAGGGAUUGCUUGAAAACAAUCUUGCAUAGGAUUUAUGGCAAAUUCAUGGUCCAUCGUCCUUUCAUUCGCAAGGCAGUAAGCAAUAUAUUCUAUAGGUUUGUGUUUGAGACGGACCGGCAUAAUGGGGUUGCCGAGUUGCUGGAGGUUUUUGGGAGUGUGAUUAGUGGAUUUGCGUUGCCUCUUAAAGAGGAGCACAAAAUUUUUCUCUGGAGAGCUCUUAUUCCUUUACACAAACCAAAGUCGGUAGGUGUUUAUCUUCAACAACUGACAUAUUGUGUGACUCAGUUCAUAGAGAAAGAGCCAAAGUUGGCAAGUUCUGUGAUACGGGGGUUGUUGAAGUAUUGGCCUGUGACGAAUGGUCAGAAAGAGGUAAUGUUCUUGAGCGAGUUGGAAGAGGUCUUGGAAGCAACUAGUGUGGUGGAAUUCCAAAAAUGUAUGGCCCCUUUAUUCCGGAGGAUUGGUUUCUGUGUCAACAGUUCGCACUUCCAGGUUGCUGAACGGGCUCUAUUCUUGUGGAACAAUGACCAUGUGAUGAGUCUGGUAGCACAAAAUCGGCAAGCUAUCAUGCCCCUUAUCUUCCCAGCUUUAGAGAAGAACAGUCAGAGUCACUGGAAUCAGGCAGUCCUGAAUCUAACAAUGAAUGUCAGGAAGAUGCUCUCUGAGAUGGAUGAGGAGCUAUUUUUGGCUUGCCAAAGGAAGUUUGAGGAGGAUGAAGAGAAUCGAGUGGCAGUGGAGGAGAAAAGAAAGAAGGCCUGGGAACGUCUGGAGAUUGCUGCCGCCUUUCAGCCAAUGACUGGAAACACAGCCGUCCUUGUGAGACCUGUUAUGGCCCCUGCAAUUGCUGCUACUCUUACAUAGUUAUGAAGUGGCAUGGGCAAGGAGAGACUAGGGUGGUCUAAAAUACAUUCAAAGUGCUCAGAGUAAGUUUUCCUAAUAUUUUUUUGUAUUAUGGUGUUUUAUUGUAACUAUGUGGGAAUCCUUUGCUGCUCUGGAAGCAAGGCAUGUUGUAAUAGUCUUGGCACGUACUAUCUCUAUUGAUGCAUGUUUCGUCAAGAGCAUGGUGCCAAAUGCCCCCAAUUCUCAGCUUGAUGAGUUCUUUGAUCA